GCCCGACUCAUCCCCACCUUGCUGCUAGUCCCCGCCAGCCAGAGGCGCCCCAGCCCCGCAGGUGACGAUGGAGGCCAUCAAGAAGAAGAUGCAGAUGCUGAAGCUGGACAAGGAGAACGCCUUGGACCGGGCUGAGCAGGCGGAGGCUGAGCAGAAGCAGGCAGAGGAGAGGAGCAAACAGCUGGAGGAUGAGCUGGCGGCCAUGCAGAAGAAGCUGAAGGGGACAGAGGACGAGCUGGACAAAUACUCAGAGGCCCUGAAAGAUGCCCAGGAGAAGCUGGAGCUGGCUGAGAAGAAGGCAGCAGACAGAAGAAACUAA